AGGGCCAUCGUCUUAUGCGGAGCUCUUCCACACGUUGCUGGACCUUCCUUUGACGGCUGCAUUUAUGGAACAAUAUGAGAGGCCCGAGGAGCCUCAUACAGAUGCCCAGAUGAUGCGAUUGGGCCUCGACAGAAUGUCUCCUCCAUUCAAGAUUGUUCACCAGUACAUCAUGAGAAACCAAGCUGGCUUAGGAGGGGUGUGUAUUUGGGAGACACGGGAUGAGGCUCAACUCUCCAUGAUACGUGUCCUUUGGAACUCUUUGCCUGUGACGCCACGAGUGUCAAGUGUUUGCAAGCUGGUACCUCGCUUCCUCAGAGUGUACUUUGAUGUGCUGCUGACAAAUGCUCCGCCUGAGUGUAUUGAGAAGGUUGUGCCGUUGCUGCUGCAGCGAUUUGCAUCUUUAUAUCCGGUGGAUUUCUUCUUAAACUCAGUCCAUACCUUGAUCAUCGACACCCUUCAGGCUAUAUUCCAACAGUGGCCGGAGUUCCUCAUGUCAUUGCAGAGGGAGGUCGUGCAUGCAAUCUCCACUCACCUUGACGUACAAGGUCGAUUGCUGGUCCUUCACCUAUGCUGGAUCAUCGGCGAACUUCUCAGGCCACCGUGUGAAGCUGAUGGCCGGGCCGGGUUGGCGAUGUUCUUUGAGGCUCUUGAGACCCUGGCAUACCAGGCCAUUUCAGUGAUUGCUCAGCCGGCUCUCCAUGGGUCUGGCGGGGCCGAGGUAGAUGGAGCACUGAACAAGUCUGGUGGGAAAGGCCUGGAGCGCGUGCACAGGUUUGCUGCGGUGGGGUUGUAGCUGGAAGGGGGCAGCGUUGUUCAUAUUCCAAUGUACAUCACCUCAGAUGCUGCUUAAGUGUCGAGGGCUGGACUAUACUGAACACAGUGGAUGGUUUGAGUGGGACGUGCCACAUGCCAGGACAUGCCAGGACAUUACUGAACACUGGCCAGGUUCAGCCAGGUACUGAAAGAUGCCAGGCAUUGCCAGGUGAAGUAAAGGCUCGAAGCCCAAAGAGUCGAAAAGCGGAGCUGAAGGAGGAGGCUCUGAAGGCCCAAACAAAAAAGCAAUGAGAUGCGCCAAAGGGAGUAGUGCCUCAGAUGUAAAGCUGCAUGAGCUCACUCACAAGAGGCAAAAGGACACAUGCUUUCAUCAUUCAUCACAGUGGCUGUCACGGCCACAUGCAUUGAGCAUGAUUGAGCCUGCCCCUGCUGAUGGUUGACAAUGGAUGGAUGUUUGCGAAACCUGACUACAUACAAAUUCAUACAAACAGUUGCCAAUGUCCUUUGAGUCAACAGAGCUUCGUCCAGCAGACGUUUGCCUUUCAACACUAGUUUAUAUAUCUCAUAGGUUUCUUCAACAUGGAUGCUUGACUGCCUGCAUGACAAUGACUGAC